CGGCGCGGGCGGGCAGCGCGGGCGCGGAGCGCGGCGGGCAGAGGCCGCCUGGCACCUCCCUGGCGCCCGGGAAGGCGCGGCGAUGGCCGGCGCCGCGGCGGCGGCGCGCGGCGGCGGCGGCGGCCGAGGGGCGCGGGGACACAGCCGGGCGCCCCUGCCCGCCGCGGUGCCCGCCGCCUGAAGGCCGCCCGGGCGCGGGAGCCAGCGCCAGCUUGGAGCGGGCGCUGGAGGCAGCUCGAGGCGCGAUGUCGGUGCCGCUGCUCAAGAUCGGGGUCGUGCUGAGCACCAUGGCCAUGAUCACCAACUGGAUGUCCCAGACGCUGCCCUCGCUGGUGGGCCUCAACACCACCAAGCUCUCGGCGGCCGGCGGCGGGACGCUGGACCGCAGCACCGGCGUGCUGCCCACCAACCCUGAGGAGAGCUGGCAGGUGUACAGCUCUGCCCAGGACAGCGAGGGCAGGUGUAUCUGCACAGUGGUCGCCCCACAGCAGACCAUGUGUUCACGGGAUGCCCGCACAAAACAGCUGAGGCAGCUACUGGAGAAGGUGAGUCUGUGCAGAGUGUGCGUGUGUGUGUGUGGGUACAUGCCUGUGUGCUCACGCCAACACCAAGCCUUGGCUAGCUUGCAGGCCCCAUUUCUGCUCUUUCCUGGCUUGUCUCCACUCAGAAUAUUUCUUAUUUUAACCUUACAGGCGAUAAAAGCGAAAAUGGAUGAACUUAGGCCUUUGAUACCUGUGUUGGAAGAGUACAAGGCCGAUGCCAAAUUGGUAUUGCAGUUUAAAGAGGAGGUCCAGAAUCUGACGUCAGUCCUUAACGAGCUGCAAGAGGAAAUUGGCGCCUAUGACUACGAUGAACUUCAGAGCAGAGUGUCCAAUCUUGAAGAAAGGCUCCGUGCAUGCAUGCAAAAACUAGCUUGCGGGAAGUUGACGGGCAUCAGUGACCCCGUGACUGUCAAGACCUCCGGCUCGAGGUUUGGAUCCUGGAUGACAGACCCUCUCGCCCCCGAAGGCGAUAACCGGGUGUGGUACAUGGACGGCUAUCACAACAACCGCUUCGUACGCGAGUACAAGUCCAUGGUUGACUUCAUGAACACGGACAAUUUCACCUCCCACCGUCUCCCUCACCCCUGGUCGGGCACGGGGCAGGUGGUCUACAACGGGUCCAUCUACUUCAACAAGUUCCAGAGCCACAUCAUCAUCAGGUUCGACCUGAAGACAGAGACCAUCCUCAAGACCCGCAGCCUGGACUAUGCCGGUUACAACAACAUGUACCACUACGCCUGGGGCGGCCACUCGGACAUCGACCUCAUGGUGGACGAGAGCGGGCUGUGGGCUGUGUACGCCACCAACCAGAACGCCGGCAACAUCGUGGUCAGCAGGCUGGACCCCGUGUCCCUGCAGACCCUGCAGACCUGGAACACGAGCUACCCCAAGCGCAGCGCCGGGGAGGCCUUCAUCAUCUGCGGCACGCUGUACGUCACCAACGGCUACUCGGGGGGCACCAAGGUCCACUACGCCUACCAGACCAACGCCUCGACCUACGAGUACAUCGACAUCCCCUUCCAGAACAAAUACUCCCACAUCUCCAUGCUGGACUACAACCCCAAGGACCGGGCCCUGUACGCCUGGAACAAUGGCCACCAGAUCCUCUACAACGUGACCCUCUUCCACGUCAUCCGCUCCGACGAGUUGUAGCUCCCUCCGCCUGGAAGCCAAGGGCCCACGUCCUCACCAGAGGAAACUCCUGUGAAACCGCUGCCAAAAAGAUACCAAUGAUACUAACAAUACCAAUUUUGAAAAAUCAUCAGCAGUGCGGAUUCUGACGUCGAGGGAUGGCAUUACCUCCGUGUUUGUCCCUUUCCAGCCGGCGGGCCACAGACAUCGGAAGAAACUCCCGUAUUUGCAGCUGGAACUGCAGCCCACGGCGCCCCGGUUUUCCUCCCCGCCUCGUCCCUCUCUGGUCACACAACAUACUAAAGAGGCAAGGCAAUGACUGUUGGCCAAUUCUCACCGGGGAACAACCCACUGUUAGGAUGGCAUGAACAUUUCCUUAGAUCAUGGUCAGCUCCGAGGGAUGUGGCAUCUGGGCUCUUGGGGAGCCCCGGGCCGCACCCGGCCGUAGGCUAGUGUAACUCGCAUCCCAUCGCAGUGCCGUUUCUUGACUGUGUUGCUGUCUCUUAGAUUAACUGUGCUGAGACUCCACGUAGCUCCUGGACCCAUGUCUAGUACAUACUGAAGCGAUGGUCAGAGUGUGUAGAGUGAAGUUGCUGUGCCCACGUUGUUUGAACUCACGUACCCCGUAGAUAUAUUGUGCAGCGUUCUUCUGUUAUUCCCUUGAGGUGGUAACUUUGUAUGUUCAGUUUAUGCAAUGAUUGUUGUAGAUGCAAUGCCGUAGUUUGGAUUAAUAAGUGGAUGGUUUUUGUUUCUAAAAAGAAAAAAAAAAUCAGUGUUCACCCUUAUAGAGACAUAGUCAAGUUCAUGUUGAUAAUAAUCAAAGGAAUUACUCUCUCUUCUUGUUAAAUUAGCUCAAUCAUGUAACCGCAGAUAGGAAGGGCUCACCUAGGGAAACUCUGGUUUCCGAUGGGACGGUAAAGUCAUAUACGGGCAACAGUGUGCGGGAAGUACAUUUUUUAAGUAAAAAACAAAGGAAAACUUUGUACUAUCCAGUUAUCUAAGGAACAAUAAAAACAUUAGGAGAUCU